CUAGCCAUGAUGGAUAAGAUGUCAAGUUUUCUGCACAUUGGGGACAUUUGUUCCCUGUAUGCAGAGGGAUCCACCAGUGGCUUCAUUAGCACUCUUGGGUUGGUUGAUGACCGUUGUGUGGUCCAGCCGGGUGCUGGGGACUUGAACAACCCACCAAAGAAAUUCCGGGACUGUCUGUUCAGGCUGUGUCCCAUGAACAGAUAUUCAGCCCAGAAACAGUUUUGGAAAGCUGCCAAACCUGGAGGAACCAGCACCACUGACACUGUCCUGCUCAACAAACUACAUCAUGCUGCUGAUCUUGAGAAAAAACAGAAUGAAUCAGAGAACAAAAAGCUGCUGGGAACUGUCAUCCAGUAUGGAAAUGUCAUCCAGCUGCUCCACCUGAAGAGCAAUAAAUAUCUGACGGUGAAUAAGCGUUUGCCAGCUCUGUUGGAAAAGAAUGCUAUGCGCGUAACUCUUGAUGCUGCUGGUAACGAAGGUUCCUGGUUCUACAUCCAGCCCUUCUACAAGCUGCGCUCUAUAGGAGACAGUGUGGUUAUAGGUGACAAGGUGGUUUUAAACCCUGUAAAUGCUGGGCAGCCACUUCAUGCCAGCAGCCACCAGCUUGUAGAUAAUCCAGGAUGCAACGAGGUGAACUCUGUAAACUGCAGCACUAGUUGGAAAAUUGUUCUUUUCAUGAAAUGGAGUGACAACCAAGAAGUCGUUUUGAAAGGCGGAGACGUGGUUCGAUUGUUCCAUGCAGAGCAGGAGAAAUUUCUUACAUGUGAUGACCACCGUAAGAAGCAGUAUGUUUUCCUGCGCACCACUGGACGCCAGUCUGCUACCUCUGCAACCAGCAGCAAAGCACUCUGGGAAAUCGAAGUUGUGCAGCAUGAUCCCUGUAGAGGAGGAGCAGGUUACUGGAACAGUCUGUUCAGGUUUAAACACCUGGCAACUGGUCAUUACCUCGCCGCAGAGGUUAACCCAGAUUAUGAGGAAGAAUGCAUGGAAUAUCGUUCCUCUAUGGACUCUGAACAUGACAUGAUCCGAGCUCGGACACGGACUCAACCGGAUAAGGUCAUGUACACACUGGUUUCUGUUCCUGAUGGUAAUGACAUCUCGUCUAUCUUUGAGUUGGACCCCACUACUCUAAGAGGGGGGGAUGCACUUGUGCCAAGGAACUCAUAUGUAAGGCUUAGGCACCUCUGCACAAACACCUGGGUGCACAGUACUAACAACCCUAUAGACAAGGAGGAAGAAAAACCGGUCAUGCUAAGAAUAGGAACCUCUCCUCAAAAGGAGGAUAAGGAAGCAUUUGCUAUAGUUCCAGUGUCACCAGCCGAGGUCAGAGAUCUGGAUUUUGCCAAUGAUGCUAGUAAAGUGCUGGCAUCCAUUGCUGGCAAACUGGAAAAGGGUACCAUUACCCAGAAUGAGAGGAGGGCAGUGACAAAGCUGCUGGAGGACCUGGUAUAUUUUGUAGUGGAUAUUCCCAACAGUGGUCAGGAUGUCCUAGAAAUCACUGUGAAUAAACCCAACAGAGAGCGUCAGAAACUCAUGAGGGAGCAGAACAUACUUAAACAGAUUUUUAAGCUGCUGCAAGCUCCGUUUACUGAUAGCGGGGAUGGCCCUAUGUUGCGAUUGGAGGAGCUGGCUGACCAGAGGCAUGCCCCUUUCCGCCACAUUUGCCGACUCUGUUACAGAGUUCUGCGCCAUUCGCAGCAAGACUACCGCAAAAACCAGGAGUAUAUAGCAAAGCAGUUUCGGUUCAUGCAGAAGCAGAUUGGUUAUGAUGUGCUGGCAGAGGACACCAUCACAGCUCUGCUACACAACAACCGCAAGCUGUUGGAAAAGCAUAUCACCGCUGCUGAGAUUGACACGUUUGUCAGUCUAGUUCGUAAGAACAGAGAGCCUAGGUUUCUGGACUACUUGUCAGACCUGUGUGUAUCAAUGAACAAAUCCAUUCCUGUCACUCAAGAGCUCAUCUGUAAUGCUGUGCUGGAUCCAGCUAACUCAGACAUUCUUAUUGAGACCAAGUUGGUGCUGUCACGCUUUGAGGUUGCUGGAGCAGUGCUUGGGGACAGUACCGAGGAAGAAGCUGAGGAUGAAGAGGAAGUCUGGCUUUUCUGGAAGGACAGUAGUGGUGAAGUAAAGAGCAGAAGCAUUAGAGAAUUGGCCCAAGAUGCUAAGGAAGGGCACCAAGAGGAUCAGGAGGUGAUCAGCUAUUAUAGAUACCAGUUGAAUCUGUUUGCCCGGAUGUGUUUGGACCGUCAGUAUUUGGCCAUUAACAAGAUCUCAGUUCAGCUGGAUGUGGAUUUGAUCUUACACUGUAUGUCGGACGAAGAUUUGCCCUUUGAUCUGCGAGCCUCCUUCUGCCGAAUGAUGUUGCACAUGCAUGUGGAUCGUGACCCCCAGGAACAGGUCACACCCGUCAAGUAUGCACGUCUUUGGUCCGAAAUCCCUUCUCAAAUCUCCAUCCAUGAUUAUGAUAAUGAUGGGACGUCAAGGGACGAGGUUAAAGAGAAGUUUUUUCAGACGAUGGAGUUUGUGGAGAACUACCUGCGGGACGUUGUGUGCCAGAGCUUUCCCUUUUCAGACAAAGAGAAGAAUAAGCUCACUUUUGAGGUGGUGAAUUUGGCAAGGAAUCUGAUCUACUUUGGCUUCUAUAACUUCAGUGACUUGCUCAGACUGACUAAGAUUCUGCUGGCCAUCCUAGACUGUGUUCACAUCAGUGCUUCUUUUCCCAUCAAACUGGACCGGGAAACAGGCAAAGGCAGUAAUGUGAUGCGAUCCAUCCAUGGUGUGGGGGAGCUGAUGACACAGGUGGUGCUGAGAGGUAGCGGUUUUCUGCCAGCUACAAACCGAAACACUCCAGACAGAGAUUCAGUCAAAGCCCAAACGGAACCUCAGAAACAAGACAUAUUAGUCAUGGACACCAAGCUCAAGAUCAUAGAAAUAUUACAGUUCAUUCUGAACGUGCGGCUGGAUUACAGAAUCUCCUGCCUGCUGUGUAUCUUUAAAAGAGAGUUUGAUGAGAGUAACUCUCAGCCAGAGGCCUCUGUUAACCCUGAAUCACAAACCAGUGUGCAGGGUGCACUGGAUUUUGAACAUAUUGAGGAGCAGGCAGAGGGAAUAUUUGGAGGAAGUGAAGAGAAUACCCCACUGGAUCUGGAUGAUCAUGGUGGUCGGACAUUUCUGAGGGUCCUCCUUCACUUGACUAUGCAUGACUACCCUCCUCUGGUGUCCAGAGCCCUUCACCUCCUCUUUAGACACUUUAGUCAGCGGCAGGAGGUCUUGCAGGCUUUCAAACAGGUGCAACUCCUGGUCACCAGUCAGGAUGUGGAGAACUACAAACAGAUUAAGUCAGACCUGGAUCAGCUGAGGUCUAUUGUGGAGAAGUCUGAACUGUGGGUGUACAAGAGACAAGGGUCAGACUCUGGACUCCACACAGCAGAGGGCAUCACAACAGAAACACAUGAUAAGAGUGACCCCAUUUCUGAUGGAACAGACAAACCCAAAGUUGAGACAACAAGCAGCUCCAACUACCGCCUUGUAAAAGAGAUACUCUUGAGACUGAGCAGGCUGUGUGUGAUGGAGAAUUUGACUAGCAGAAAGAACAAGAAGCAACAGCAGCGGCUUCUCAGAAACAUGGGAGCUCACUCAGUUGUUCUGGAGCUACUCCAGAUUCCCUAUGAAAAAGGAGAAGAUGUCUGGAUGCAAGAGAUUAUGACACUCGCUCAUCAGUUUCUCCAGAAUUUCUGUGCUGGAAACCAGCAGAACCAGGCGCUGCUCCAUAAGCACAUCAACUUGUUCCUUAACCCUGGAAUUUUGGAGGCGGUAACCAUGCAGCAUAUCUUCAUGAAUAACUUCCAGCUGUGUAGUGAGAUUAAUGAGAGAGUGGUACAGCACUUCGUGCAUUGUAUUGAGACGCACGGACGCAGCGUCCACUAUCUGAAGUUCCUGCAGACCAUUGUCAAAGCUGAGAACAAAUUCAUCAAGAAAUGCCAGGACAUUGUCAUGGCUGAGCUGGUUAAUGCCGGUGAGGAUGUCCUGGUGUUUUACAAUGACCGUGCAUCAUUCCAGACCUUGGUGCAGAUGAUGCGUCUUGAAAGGGAGCGUCUAGAUGAGAACAGUGCACUCAGGUAUCAUAUCCACUUGGUGGAGCUGCUAGCUGUGUGCACAGAGGGUAAAAAUGUCUACACUGAGAUAAAGUGCAACUCUCUUCUCCCUCUUGAUGACAUUGUACGUGUAGUCACACACGAGGACUGCAUCCCAGAGAUGAAGAUGGCAUAUGUGAAUUUUCUUAAUCACUGCUAUGUGGAUACAGAGGUUGAGAUGAAGGAGAUCUACACCAGUAAUCAUAUGUGGAAACUGUUUGAUAACUUUUUGGUGGACAUCUGCAGAGUAUGUAACAAUACAAGUGACAGAAAGCAUGCAGACACAGUUCUGGAGCGCUAUGUCACUGAAACCAUCAUGAACAUCGUCACCACAUUCUUUAGCUCACCAUUUUCCGACCAGAGCACCAGCCUACAGACUCGGCAGCCAGUGUUUGUGCAGUUGCUGCAGGGAGUGUUUCGUGUUUAUCACUGCCACUGGCUGAGUCAGAAGGGCAGUGUGGAGGCCUGCAUAAAGGUGCUGAGUGAUGUGGCUAAGGUUCGGGCAAUUGCAAUUCCAGUGGAUCUGGACUGCCAGGUGAAUAAUCUGUUCAUAAAGUCCAACAAUAUAGUUCAGAAAACAGCUCUGAGCUGGAGACAGUCCGCCCGCAAUGCUGCACGAAGAGACUCUGUACUCGCUGCCUCCCGAGAUUACCGCAACAUCAUCGAGAGACUGCAGGACAUAGUCUCAGCAUUAGAGGAGCGCUUGAGACCUCUGGUGCAGGCUGAGUUGUCAGUGUUGGUAGAUGUUCUCCAUCGACCUGAGCUUCUUUUUCCAGAAAACACUGAUGCUCAUCGCAAGUGUGAGAGUGGAGGAUUCAUCUGCAAGCUGAUUAAACACACAAAGCAGCUGCUGGUGGAGAAUGAAGAGCGCUUGUGCAUCAAAGUUCUGCAGACGCUCCGGGAAAUGAUGACCAAAGACAGAGGAUAUGGAGAAAAGCCCAUGACAUUUGAUGAUGAGAUGGAUGUUACAGAGCAGGUAGAUGUCAGUCUGCCACCAAAACAGCAGGAGGAUCAGAGAAGGGGUGAAGCUCUGAGGCAGUUACUGGUGAAUCGCUACUAUGGUAACUUUAGGACUGGUAUAAGAAGAGACAGUCUGACAGCCUUCACUAACUCUAGCCUUACACCUGUAGGUCCAAACAAGAACCAAUCAGGUGCUUUAGGUCGGGCUGAGAUGUCUCUAACAGACGUUCAGUGUCAUUUGGAUCGUGAAGGGGCAUCUGACCUUGUCAUUGACCUCAUUAUGAACACAAACAGUGAUCGUGUCUUUCACGAAAGCAUCCUAUUGGCUAUCGCUCUUCUGGAGGGUGGCAACACAACUAUACAGCAUUCCUUUUAUAAACGUUUGACAGAAGAUAAGAAGUCGGAGAAGUUCUUUCGGGUCUUCUAUGAUCGGAUGAAAGCUGCCCAGCUAGAAAUCAAAGCUACAGUUACUGUGAACACCAGUGAUCUUGGCAACAAGCGUCGUGAUGACCACGCUCCAGACCGAGAUACACCUCAGCGCAGGAGAGGAAAGGACUCAGUAAUCAUGGUCACUGAUGAUACUCGAGAGCAGCUGUUAGAAGCGUCUGCAGCAACAAAAAAGGCAUUUGGUUCAUAUCGCCGUGAUGCUGAUCCAGAAGAGGCUUAUGCCCAUGCUGAGGGUGACAAGGGGGGCGGUGAUAAAGGAGUGGAGCAGGGAGAAAUGAGUCCUGUGAUUCUAAUCAUGCAGCCAAUCCUGCGCUUUCUUCAGCUGCUGUGUGAAAACCACAACAGAGAGCUUCAGAAUUUUCUGCGCUGCCAGAAGAAUAAGAACAAUUAUAACCUAGUUUGUGAGACACUGCAGUUUCUCGACUGUAUCUGUGGCAGCACUACAGGAGGCCUGGGUCUGCUCGGCCUGUACAUUAACCAACACAAUGUGGCUCUCAUUAAUCAGACUGUAGAGAGCCUUACUGAGUACUGCCAAGGACCCUGCCAUGAUAACCAGAAUUGCAUUGCCACUCAUGAGUCUAAUGGUAUAGACAUUAUUAUUGCUCUGAUUCUGAAUGACAUCAACCCACUUGGUCGAAAGAGGAUUGACCUUGUUCUGGAGUUAAAGAAUAAUGCUUCCAAGCUGCUAUUGGCCAUAAUGGAAAGCCGCCAUGACAGUGAAAACGCAGAGAGAAUUUUGUACAACAUGCGGCCCAAAGAGCUGGUGGAGGUCAUAAAGAAGGCCUAUCAGCAGGGUGAAGCAGACUUUGAUGAUGAUGAAGAGAACGGUGAGGAACAUGCUGCCUCGCCGCGCAAUGUCGGCCACAACAUCUACAUUCUGGCACAUCAGCUGUCUCGUCACAACAAAGAACUUCAGGUGCUGCUGAAACCAACUGGAGAAGACCAGGCUCUGGAGUUCUACACUGAACACACUGCUCAAAUAGAGAUAGUCCGGCAGGACCGUACUAUGGAGCAAAUAGUGUUUCCUGUACCGCACAUCUGCUCCUUCCUGACCAAUGAAUCAAAGCUGAGGGUGUACUACAGCACAGAGAGAGAUGAGCAAGGAAGCAAGAUCAACGACUUUUUUUUGAGAGCGGACGACCUUUACAGUGAGAUGCGGUGGCAGAAAAAAUUACGAGCCCAACCAGUGUUGUACUGGUGCAGUAGGAACAUGUCAUUCUGGAGCAACGUCUCUUUUAACCUGGCCGUUCUGAUUAAUGUGCUGGUUGCGUUCUUCUACCCUCUGGAAAGUGUGAGCGACGGUCAGUUGGACCCAUCUCUCUCCCUGUUGCUGUGGGGGAGUGUAGUGGGAUCGUUGGGGUUUGUGUUGCUGGUGCCUAGUCCGAAUGCUGUGAGAGUUCUGGUCAUCUCCAGUGUUCUACGAUUAGGAUUCUCACUAGGCCUUCAGCAUAUGCUGUCUUUACUGGGAACGUUUAACGUCUGUAACAAGAUUGUGUUCCUGCUCAGUUUUGUGGGAAACAGAGGGACAUUUACUCGCGGCUACAGAGCAAUGGUGAUGGACAGAGAGUUCCUAUUCCACUUACUCUACCUGCUGAUCUGCACACUGGGACUCUGUGGACAUGUCUUCUUCUACAGCUUACUGCUGUUUGACCUGGUGAACAGAGAGGAAACUCUGCUGAAUGUGAUUAAGAGUGUGACACGUAAUGGCCGUUCCAUAGUGCUGACUGCAGUUUUGGGGCUCAUCCUGGUCUACCUCUUCUCUAUUGUGGGCUACAUCUUCUUUAAAGAUGAUUUCAUCUUAGAGGUGGACCGCAUUCCCAACAGCACACUGGAGGAGGGAGUGAAUCUGGCAGGUACCUUCUUGUCUGAGGGCUCAUGCAAAGCAGAGAAUGGAACAUGCCUGUCUGUGGAUGAAGAUGAAGAUGAUGUUGAGAGAGCAUGUGAUUCACUUUGGAUGUGUAUGAUCACUGUACUGAGUCAUGGUCUGAGGAGUGGGGGAGGAGUUGGGGAUGUGCUGCGCAAACCUUCUAAAGAGGAGCCUCUGUUUGCUGCGAGAGUUAUAUAUGACUUGCUGUUCUUCUUCCUGGUCAUCAUCAUUGUGUUGAAUCUGAUUUUUGGUGUCAUCAUUGACACAUUCGCUGACUUGAGGAGUGAGAAACAAAGGAAAGAAGAGAUCCUUAAAACCACCUGCUUUAUAUGCGGUUUGGAGAGAGAUAAGUUUGACAAUAAGACAGUAACAUUUGAAGAGCAUAUCAAAGAGGAGCACAACCUGUGGCACUACCUGUACUUUAUCGUUCUGGUACGAGUCAAAGACUCCACUGAGUACACUGGUCCAGAAAGCUAUGUGGCUCAGAUGAUCAAGGAACAUAAUCUGGACUGGUUCCCACGCAUGAGAGCCAUGUCUUUGGUAAGCAGUGAUGGAGAGGGUGAACAAAACGAGCUGCGCUGUCUGCAGGAGAAGCUCGAGUCCACCAUGAGACUUGUUUCCAACCUAACAAAUCAGCUCACUGAGCUUAAGGAGCAGAUGACUGAACAGAGGAAGCAUAAGCAGCGGAUUGGUUUACUGGGAAACCCUGCUCACCUCAAUAUCAACCCACAGCAGCCUGCCUGAGGAGUGGAGAGUCAAAACAGGAUGAAAUAUUCAAAUGUGUGUGUGUGGACGAGAAACACACCUACUGUGCUUUCUGAAGCCAGAUGCAGCCUUAAAGGAUGAAGUUUGGUUUUAGCUUCUCUCACAGGGAAAUGUAAAACGUGUUGUUUUUCUUCAUGCUGUUACCUGCCUGUACAGCAAAGUGACCUAAACCUCUAAACGAGGGGAAACCUACUGAGUAUAAAUAGACAAACUUGCAUACUGAGGAAAAACCAAAAAGAUCUUAAA